AUGAAGAUUAAUAAAUUGAAAGCAAUACCAUUGUACGGCGAUGAUGAUUUUGUCUUUACAAAAUUUCCAGACCUUCCCCUUGAAUUGAAGAUUAAUAUUCUUCUGAUGCUUGAGAUUAAUGAAAUACUAAUAUUUCAAUCAUUGAUAAACGAUCCGAGUGUUAAGAGACUACGUCUAGCAGAUAUAACUAGCGUAGAACCAGAAUUUGAGUAUUUAAAAACUACUGAAGAAUCUGUGAGUGCUCCAAUCCGAACUUCUGAUAAAAUAGAAGAGGAUCAAGAAAACCACAAACAAAAUCAAACAGAAAUAACAAAAGUGUUCGAUGUGAUGAAAAUGUUGAAUAAAAAGAAUCAAACUAUAAUCCCGGUGGUCUUUAAUUUUUCAAAAUGUUGGAAUUUUCCCACUGAUCAUUUGGAUGAACUAUUUCAUGAUGCAACUUAUUUUGAAAUCGAAUUUAAGUUUCUCCGUUUGGCUAACUCUCAAUUAAAAAAAUUGCAAGAUUUCAAAUAUUCUAAUAUGGUGAGAAAGAUAUCCAUUUUAAAACUUGUAGAUCCUACCGGUCCACAGUCUCAUUUACAGUUGGAUUUAAUAAAUUAUCAAAAGUUAUUGGAACUUGAAUUUGAAUCAGUACACCGCAUAAAUAUAAAGUGGUCGCUACAAACUUAUGAUGCUCUAACAAGUCUAUCAAUUGAUGAUAUUCUCGAUGGUGCAGAAUUACUAAAAUUCAAGAAUUUGAAUAGUCUUGCACUUGUAUUAAGGAAGGAUAUUGAUUUUCAAAUAAAAUAUAUCCCUCAGAGCGUGUUGAUAUUGGAUUUGCACGCAAGGGAUAGAACUAAAGGCAUUAUAAUUGAAUCACAUAAAGAUUGGCCACCAAGUUUACAUACGCUAUUUCUUCAUGAUGAUGGAAAAUCCGGUUUUUUGGAAUAUUUAGAUUUAUAUGGAUUGAAUCUUGAGUCUAUCGAUGAAUCAUGCGUUUUAUUUAAUGAUCCAGAAGCCUAUCCUUGCCUAACAUAUAUCGAGAUAACCAGUGACCCUACUUACGUAUCACCUAAAAUUCAGUUACCAAUCAAUUUAAAAAUUUUAGAUAUGUCAAAGGUUAAAACAUUUACUUUUACUAACUUUAUGGCUACUCAUAAAUCAUUGGAAUAUUUACUGUUAUUGGGAUUAUCUUCACUUGACUUUGAUAAUGAAAUAUUGGACAAAAGUAAGAUCAUUGAAUCAAACUUAGAAAAAAUAUAUCUUAGAGUAACUGAUGAGUUUUUCCCUAAUAGUCAUGAAAAUCCUGAAGCGCUUUAUGAUAAAUUUCAAACUUGUGUUGGUAAAACAGUGGAAGGAUCUUUUUCUGAAGAUGAUUUUGUUGGUAAUCAAGUAUAUUUAGAUUUCAUUGAUUGA